AUGCGCUUCGUUUGCGAUUAUGCCUUGUUGCCAUUCCGUAAGACAUACGAUGCAUAUGUUGACGAAUCUGCAGAUCGCGAAGUCAUCACUAUGGAUUACAUUCAAGGCAACAUCCUGCGAGAUGCUUGGGACAACCCGACCAGCGAACAACAAUCAUCUAUUCUGGGUCAACCAGAGCUUUAUGGCCAAGCUGAUAGUCCUCCUUGCUAUGACCAUUUGUUUUGUGUUGGCGAGGAGUCUUUUGGGCCCUAUGGAACGGAGUCGGAGUUUAACGAGGGGCCUAAAUAUCAGAGCCAUGAAGCUCGCACAAGACAACCUCUUGGGUGGACCACAUCGCCAGCUUUGUACGAGUUCUGCCAACUCACAAUAUUGUUUUCACGUACGGUGACAUAG